AUGGGUCGCAAAAAAAUUAAAAUCCAACCCAUCCAAGACGACCGAAACCGACAGGUCACUUUUUUGAAGCGCAAGUAUGGUUUAAUGAAGAAGGCAUAUGAGCUCAGCGUGUUAUGCAACUGCGACAUUGGUUUGAUCAUAUUCAACAACUCCAAUAACAAGCUCGUGCAGUACGCGAGUAAGGAUAUGGAUAAGGUGUUGCUACGCUACACGGAGUAUCAAGAGCCUCAUGAAAGUAAAAACAAUUCGGAUUUUAUGGAUGCAAGCAAUGAUCAUACCAAAGACGCGGAUCCUUCUGAUCAAGACGAAGCCGAUGAUACCGAAUACAUGUCGCAACCACCACCACAGCAGCAAUCCAUGUCACCAAUGAUCAUGUCAAAUGCUCCUCCUGUUGGGCAACGGCAACCACCCAUGAUGGCACCACCGCCACCACCACAUCCUCAACAACAGCAACAGCAACAUGCAUACCAACAACAAGCGAGGGAACAACACCAUCCUCAGGCCCAGAGUUAUGGUGCAUACGCGAUGGGCCAUGUGAACAGCUCAGCAUCACCACCAUUUGUGUAUCCAACCAGCAAUGGUUCACCAUACACCAGCCACGGCAUGAUGCCUUCUGCUGUUCAAUCCACAUCUAUGGCACAACAUCACCAGCCGCAGCCUCAUGUUAAUACGUAUCUCGCUUCAAGGUCACAACCAGGAUCUCUGUAUGCUCAACAACCUCAACAUCCACAGCAUUCACCCAUGAUGAUGCAUCAGCAACAACCACAACAACAGCCUCCACCACAUCCACAACAGCCAACUGUAGCGUCAACAAAUCAUCACCCUCGCCCUUCAUUAUCUCCACAACCAGCACCGCUUAAUAAUGCAAUGAGGACAACAACAUCAGUAGACCAUGCAGCAAUACAACCACCAUCACAACAACAGCAACAACAACAGCAAACACCACCGCCACCAGCACCACCGGCUACUGCAGGAUUUGUUGCACCUUCAUCUCAAGUACGAUCGUCACCUCUUGUAAAUGAUAAGAAACCACACAAUUUGCGUGUUCAAAUACCAAACGAGGAUUCAUCCACAUCAUCGACUGCUUCAAAUCAUGGUAGUACCACAGCAGCUACGAGUAAUGGUAUGACAGCAGCACGAGCAGCAACACCGCAUAUGAGACAAGGAAAAGGAGCAUCUUCUCCAACAUCUGCACUACCAUCUCAAUUUGCCCAAAACUUGCCAUCACCAUUUUCCAUCUAUCCAGAAUUCCUACAGCAAAACGAGUUGCCCAGCCCACUCAAUUUUUCAGCAACGCCCACUACAUCCAGUGCUUUUCAUUGGCCUGCUGCAUCAUCAGCUUCAUCAGGUGGUCAACAAGUCAUGUCAUCAGCACGAAUGCCUACUACAGGUGAUUAUCGACCCUCUCCACUAGCCAAUAGUCAUCCGAUGACCGCAUCUUCCCAUCAAAAACGACCCGAUCCAAGCGAUGCUGAGAACCAACGACUCAAAAAGAUAAAGCUUGAAGCUGCUGUAUGA